UGUUCGAGUUGAACAGGUCUAAAUUGGAUGCCAACAUUGACCAACAUUUUGGAUUAUGUCCUUGUCCUUCUGCGAUCCAGACAGACGCCGGACUAUGCCCCCCUCGGUCAAGUGAGGGGGGGCAGGGGCGGGGCUGACAUCAUCACCUGGAGGACUCUAACCUGGGCUGAAAUCAGAGUGGAGCUUUUAGUGGUAAACGCUGAAGAUGCAAACUUCAACCUCCUCGCCAGAGAUUAACACCACAUCACCUUCCAGCGUCACCAAAUCCAAAGAUCAGAUUCUCAUCCAGAGUUCUGGGGCUAUGAUUGCAGUCAUCGUCAUCGGUAUAAUCAUCAUUCUCGCCAUUCUGCUCCUUGUCCUAAAGACGUACAACAAGCGUACCCACACGUCCCGACUCCUCGGGUCCAGCGGGGGUUCCAAGCCUCCUAAAAAGCUGUCGCAGUCCACGACCCACAUCAUACCCAUGGACACCAUCUGCGUCAGUUCCGUGUCAGGCAGCCUCCCUUACUCAAACCCCAGCUCAGAGACCGGCUUUCACCUCCCAAGAACGGAGCCGAGCUCUGCAGAGGGCAACCACAUAGAACAGUACAGCACCAACAGCGGCUCCACGGUGGUCACCAUCCAUGAUACGUCCGGAAACACAUAGCAUCGGGUCCCAUAGGACCCCCUGAUUGACUGACGUACGGCCUUAAUCGACUGAAUGUGUUAAUCUUGUCAGUGCCAGACAAAAACAUGCAAUGUGAACAAAACAACACCCCAAGUAGGCACGUAGUAUCAUGAAGGAUGUGAGAAGACACACAAAUGAGGCUGCUUUUUUUUUUUCAAUGUCAAAAUGUGUGCACAUGACACACAAUGAAGAAAACACUCUUGACAAUGUUGGUCUUAACUGUGAACAUUUCUGUAUUCAACAUGGCGUCACUUGUGUUAGUCAGUGGGAUUAAUUUAAGAGCAGAGACAAAAACAAUAUGACGUUAGAUGACCUUGUUUAUACUGCCUCCUGGAUGCUUUGUGACCCACACACAUUCUUUCUUGGAUCGGAAAUACUUUCAAGCAUUUUUUUUUCACAAUCACUUAUUUGUUUUGCAAUACAUUGAAGUACCGAAUGCCAACUUAUUUUGCACUUUAUUUCCAUCGCUCUAUACAUUUGUAUUGUUUCUAUUAUUUUUGGAUGGAAUUAAACAAACAGCAUGUUUUGACGUGUGGCAUCUUUCAGAUUAGAUUAUAUUAGUUUAUUU